GCUAGCUUGCUGCUACAGACAGGCGUAGGCCCCCAGGACGCAACGUUUUGUUAUUGGGUGGGCGUUUUGUGUAGCGUUUCUACUGUAACGGACCACAAGCGUUUGCAAUUAUGGCAAGAACAAUCAGUGACCGUCUGGAUAUUUCUGUCGCGCUGACUAAUGCUCUUCUUAAAUUGAUGCAAAUUUUGGGUUAGUGCGUGGCUAAAGUUGGUAGAUCUGUGCCGAUUGUUGUCUAUUUAGAUGGCAAAUGUAAAAAAAAAAGCUAGCUUGAUACUUCCCUGGUCUAUAAUAGAAGCAACAUUAGAAAUACUGUUUUGUUUACAGCUGGCUUUGUUAAUUUAUCUUGUCUGGAAGCUGAGAGUGGGAGGUAUUGAUUAACAAACGGAUUAUUAAAAAAAAAAAAGAUCUGACCGUCACCACCCGUGGAAUGACCCAGUGAGCAAAAGCCAGAAUCCAGACGUCUAAAGGGGUGGAAAUCUAGGUUGAGAGACGUUUUGACGUAAACGGGUUAGGUCAACCCAAAUAUAGCUAGGUUUUACCAGUAUAUAGUCCGGCUUCGUCAUAGUCUGCUAGAAACUUUUCAACCAAAUGGAGACGGCAUUUCACCGACUUUCGGUAACUUUUCACCUCUAAAAUAUUCACUGGGGAGUUUUAAUCAUUGAAGUAGCUAGCUAGGUAGCCAACAUCAAAGCUGUGACAGUAAGGACUGUCUGAAUUAGGCAGUGGUGAAGGAAUACUGUGCAUGAUUUUUUCAGCCUUGAUGUGGUCCUGUGUUUACAAUAAUAUAAGUCUCCUCCUCCAUCUUCAACCCUGCCCACUUCCCCGAGUACCCCUUUGGCCACCUGGCUACCUAAAAUAGCUAGCUGGAUAGCUAGAGGUAGUCUUAAUUGCUUGUCCAACAGAAAACACGCCAACUCCGAGUCCCUUUUCAUCCUCCAUUGUGAACUUAAGCUGUCCUCAUCCAGAAAAUGAAAUUCCAAGGUUGACUUUGAUUUUUUAACAAGCCCUGUCGGCUUGUCAUUUCGCUUUGCUGUACUUGUGCUUCCUCCUCCACUGCUGUAGCUAGCUACGAACGCCAUGCUGAAACCUGAUCCCACCCCGCAGGCUCUGUAGCCACACCCACCCCUGCCCAGACAGAAAAGAGCGUCCGGCCUCCAAGGCCUUUUUGAAGGAGCAAGGAUUCCGCAAGUGUCCAAAAAGACAUGACCCUGAUGGCUCAGUGCAGCAUGCAAGUGCUUCUGCUGUUGGUCCUGAAGAUCCUACAGACAUCAGCUGAAGGUGGCGCCAUCGAUUGCCUGUGCGAUGGCAGCGCGUGCAUCCUGAAGCUCUGCCAGGGCAGGCAGUGCUUCUCCUCGGUGACGCUGAGUGGCGACACGCCGCACUUCAAACGCGGCUGCCUCAACGAGUCCGAGAAGAUCCUCCUGACCUGCUCCACGCUGCCCAGCGUCAGCUACGCCGUCCAGUGCUGCUCCCACCACCUGUGCAACUCCAACGACAGCAGCGACACGUUGACGCCCCUACUGCUCAAGGUGCCCCCAGCAGAACCGACCCGAUACAGAGUGGAGACCCUGGUGGUCUUCGUGGUCACGCCGUUCGUGGUGCUCGCCCUCCUGGCCAUCCUCGGCGUCCUGGCGUGCCGUCGGCUCCGCCACGGCCGCCUGGAGAGGCUGCACGAGCUGGACGCCGAGCAGGGCGCCAUCGACGGCCUGAUGGCGUCCAACGUGGGCGACAGCACGCUGGCGGAUCUGUUGAGUCACUCCUGCACCUCGGGCAGUGGCUCUGGUCUGCCUUUCCUGGUCCAGAGGACGGUGGCUCGACAGAUUAGCCUGGUGGAGUGCGUCGGAAAGGGGCGCUACGGCGAGGUGUGGAGAGGACAAUGGCAGGGGGAGAACGUGGCGGUGAAAAUCUUCUCUUCGAGGGACGAGAAGUCCUGGUUCCGGGAGACUGAGAUCUACAACACCGUUCUCCUCCGGCACGAAAACAUACUAGGGUUCAUGGCAUCAGACAUGACAUCACGGAACUCCAGCACCCAGCUGUGGCUCAUCACCCAUUACCACGAGAAUGGCUCCCUCUACGACUACCUGCAGCGCGUCGCCGUGGAGACGGUGGACGGGCUGCACAUGGCCGCCUCGGUGGCGAACGGGCUGGUGCACCUGCACACGGAGAUCUUCGGCACCGAGGGCAAGCCCGCCAUCGCCCACCGCGACCUCAAGAGCAAGAACAUCCUGGUGAAGAAAGACCUGCGCUGCUGCAUCGCCGACCUGGGUCUGGCCGUCACACACUCUCAGUCGGACAAUCGGCUGGAGGUGGGCAACAACCCCAAGGUGGGCACCAAGAGGUACAUGGCUCCCGAGGUGCUGGACGAGUCCAUCCAGACGGACUGCUUCGACGCCUACAAGCGCGUGGACAUGUGGGCCUUCGGGCUGGUGCUGUGGGAGAUCGCCCGCCGGACGUACAGCAACGGUAUCGUUGAAGAGUACAAGCCUCCGUUUUACGACCUCGUGCCGAACGACCCCAGCUUCGAUGACAUGCGCAAAGUGGUCUGCGUGGAGCAGCAGAGACCCUUCAUCCCAAACCGGUGGUUUUCUGACCCAACCUUGUCAGCCCUGGUGAAGCUGAUGAAGGAGUGCUGGUAUCAGAACCCCUCGGCCAGACUCACCGCCCUGCGCAUCAAAAAGACUCUGGACAAAAUCCACAGCUCCCUGGAGAAGGGCAAGGCAGACUGCUGAGGGGGCAUGGGGCGUAGAACGAUGGGGUGGGGGGGAUGUAAGGGGCUCUGCUUCUCUGAAGCAGGACGAAGCCUCCAUGCUGGUGGUGGGUUUGGGGUGGCGUAGGAAGGUCCCAUUUCUCCCACAAACUGGCAUGCAUUACAAACACUAAAGCGCUUUCCAAGAAGAAAAAAAGGAAUUUUUUUUUCUUCUCGUCGUAGUCUUUUCAUUUUUUUCAUGGUUGGUUUUGCCGUUGGGGUUUUUUUGUUUUGUUUUGUUUCUUCGCUUGUUUUUUUUGACAUUCACAUAACCUCUGGCUUGUUCCUUAACAAUGUGGUGCAUGUGUGUUUGUUCAGCAAAGCGAGUUUUUUUUUCCCCCAGUGAGGGAGGGCAGCUAUCGGUAUUUGUGUAGAAGCACCCUGCAGUGAACUGGGAUCCUACGACUUACCCGAGGGAGACCCCAGAGGAAAUGGGCCUCUCGUUGGCCAAUCAGCUUUGCCCAGCCCCCCCUCCCCCAUCCCCUCAAACCCCUCCCCUCAAAAUGUCUCCCCGCAUUCAGUAUCCCCCUGGGCUAUGUUUGUGAACGCUUGGGAUUUCUGGGCAGAAGGGGGAGGGGGUGGAAGAGUUGAGCAUAAUGGUAGGGUGCCUUAGAUUUUCCUUUUCCCUUCCUCCCUUGUUCGUUUAUCGAGGCGCUUCCAUCGUCCAAUCUCUUGCCGCCGCGAACGAAACUGCCGAAAGAGCAUCGUUUUGGACCGGAGUCGCAACCACUGAAUACUGCUCUGUGAAACGUUACAAUGCUGUCUGCAAAACAAAUUGGAAAAAAGUGCCAUAGGCCAUCAUGUCACCUCUCUUUAUGAAUGAAUAUUAAGCGGGUUAUUCUCAUUGCCCAGAAUCAUGUGUCUCACAGUUGUGAAUUCAGAGCAUGAGGCUAUCUUGUCUCAGCUGUGGCAAAUGUUGUGGAAAAUGUUGAACAGCCUCAUCAAUGCUAAUGGUUACCGCUUUAUAGAGAUGGCUGCAUGCUUUUCACACCUGCCUUGUCUGCCCUGACCAUGCAGGCAUAAGGAUGUUAUUGUAGACAAAAUGGUUGCCCUUGUUGCCUGUAUGAGGGCUAUGUGGCUAUCACCAAACGUUUUUACUAUGCCAAUGCAAAGGCAGCUGCCCAUAAGAUGUAUGUGGUUGAUGAUUGGUUGAUUACAAAGGUUGCGAAGGUCUUUAGGAGAGCAGGUUCUUCCUCUGCUAAAUCAGAAAAUGGGCAGCUUACAUUUAUUUUGUUUCACAGAAAUACAACUUUUUGUUAUUAGCUUUGCCCAAGCUAGCUAAAUGCAUCAUUCUUUUAAUAAGCUGCUAGUUAACGUAAGUUUAAAUUACACUGCAGUGAAGACUACUGCUACCUAGGUGGUUUGACAAGUGUUACAUUCGCUAAAUAGUUCAGCAAAAGCUUUUGUAGCUAGCUGGACGCCUAAUGCUGCUUGUCUGCAGGGUCUGUAAUGUUAAACUCCUUGUGCAAUUAAUAUUAUUUUAUUGUAUUUAUAUAUGAAGAACCAAUGAAGAAAACUGUCAUAUUAAGCUUUAUUUUUAUUUUAUUUUAUGAGUUUUUUUAUGCUGAAAGGAACAAAGUUCUUGCGCUGCCCACUACAGGAGCAUUGGUAUUGGUCUUUUGGAAACCAUGCCAGUUUAGUGGGCCAAUCAGUAGAGAACUUGUGAAUGAGUGAAUAUAAUAAUUACAGACUGGGCAUGCAAUGUCACAUCUCUAGUUGUCCUGUUUAGAAAUUACUUAUUUAAGACCAGAAUGAUACAUUAUAAUUUUACUGUUUAAUUAUCCUGUUUAAGUUGGAAAAAGUAAAUAUACAGCUUUAUCUCGUGGCUUAUUAAAAAUUUUAAAUGGCACAGAGUCUUUAAUAGAAAAUGCCAACAGAGCUAAUUGGCUGACUAGCUAGGUUGCUAACAAGAAGGCAGGGCUAAUGUUCACUUGUUUUUGGGUGGCUAAUUAGUAUCUACUCAUAAAUAUUAAUAUAAAACUUGCUUUGUGGAAAACUGGCUGGCUAAGCAGCUCCUUGUGGAAAUGCUGUAAGAUGGUAGUAAUUUGGAGGAGAGACUUGCUGUUCAUACUUAAAGUGGACUAAGUAUGAAUAGCAAAAAAAAAAAGUCUGCUUUAAGUUUGAAUGCUCUGAACUCAAUGAGUGCGUGUUUGCGUCCACAGGGGUGACAGGCAUGCAAGUUUAUGCAUGCAGAGCCCUUACUGCUUCGUCCAAUUUCCGAACGAGUGCUGUCAGAGGCGACCAUUUUAUGCGUCUGCUUCUGGUUCGAUGCUUUGAGAGAUGCUUAAAUGGCAGUGCAUUGUUACACGGGGACUGAGGGCGAUGCCAGUCUUGUACAUCCACCCUGCUAGCUUCCAUCUGCACUGACACAGAGCCACAGCCGCUGUUCUGCUGCAAGCCACCCUCAGCCCUCCUCAAAUGCAAAAAUCCUGCUCGAAGCAGGGCAGGGGGGUGGGGUUGUUUCAGCCUGAAUGCGUCGACUGGCAUGUACAAUUAUUACUUCCUGAAAAAGACAAAUCGCGUGCUUCAUAUUUAAUGUGAGUCUUUGAGUCCAUUUCUCUUGUGUGUUUGCAUGGUUUCUUUAAUGUGAGUUGGCCAUUCUGGUACAAGUUCAAACGGCUGCUUGUAUGCUGGUUUUGUUUUUGUGUGAGUCAAGCCAUCGUUAGCAGAAAAGCUAAGGUACCAAGCCAAGAGGAACAAAAAAUACUAUGGUUUAUAAACAUUUUUACAUCACCAAGGUCUUGUAUUUAUUAUCUUUUUAUAUCCUUGAAGGAUCAAAAAUAUGAAGUAACAACAAUGAAUCUUGACGUUGUUUUCCUUUUUUAAUAAAUUUGCUUACCAAACAUAAUCAGAUACACAAUUUAGGAAAAAUGGCUAUUGUAAGUUUGCCAUUGUGAGCUCUGAAUGCUGUGAAUACUGUGAAUGCAUAAGCAUUUGAGUUAAAAACACUGAAAGAUACACACUAAAAAUAUUGAAAGAUACAAACACUAAAGUUGUUUUUAUAAGAGUACUGUCCUUAUAAAAAUGUUAAGAACUUAAGAAUUACAAACACUUGAGAGUAGAAAUUUAUAAAACUGUGAAAUACACUAAAUAGCUAAUAUUUAAUAAACUGUAUGUAACUAAGUAGCCCCUAUAUACACUGCAGAAAACCUACUGGUUAUGUGAACAAAAAGCUGUUUUUCUUGAUUUGCUUAAUUCAUUUAUAUUUGCUUUUACAGUAACUGCAUAUCUGACAAGUUAACACUAAGGCUAAACACAUGGCACCCUUACUGAGUGGAUGACUUGCAUAACUGCUCUGAAGCGUAUUAUUAAUAUUAGAAUGUGUUGUAUGAUUUGGUCAUUUCUGAGCUUAUUUAUCUAGAUAUCUAAAGUUGCAAACUUGCACAAACAAGUUGAGAUGGCUACACACUGCUGCAAACCUACAAAUAAUUACUUGAGUCAGUCAAGGGUGUGGACAACCAGCCUAUGAGAAUGCUAUGCUGAACACUUCCUGGUCCAGAGCAGGGAUUAUGGAGGCAGGGAUACUUAAGGUUCACUUUACUACAAAACCCAAUCUAUAACCACUUAAACCCAAAGAAAGACAUCUGUGAGAUCGGCUUCUGUUUGCAUAUUUGGGGUCUUUCUGGUUUGGGGCCUGUGAUGUACUGUCCCAUUUCUCUCUGUAGAAUCCCGGCUGGUGCCUAGAAAACUGCAUUUCUUAUAUUGGUGUCGUCUGUGGCUCCACUGUCGUGGUGAGUUGCUAGCUACCAAUCAAACAUCAACACCUGAUGUUACAGGGCCACGAUUGGACUGGCCGAGGUCCCAGUGCUCCAUGGUGUGGGACUGGUUGAAUGAACUUUGCAAGGAGACUGUGCACCUACCUUUUAAUGGCUUGGUCAUAACAGCUGUUGGCAGGAAAACCUUUUUGAUGCUACUCUCAGGUUUUACAGUAGCACAUGCAGCAAUGGUGGCUACAAUACACAUGCUGACUAAUCGUGACUAAACAGCACACUAUAUUUGAACAAUUUAUUAAAUUACCCCAGGUGGAGUUUAAAAGCCUCCUCAGAAUUUGUGUCAGUCUUUCUAUGGAAACACAUUACACAACUGCAAAGGAAAAGUGCUUACUGUAUACAAGCAGCGGCACCAUGAAGAGAUAGUUGUUCAUUUUAAAAUGUCACAUUUGUUUAAAUACUUUUUUUUAAUGUUGCUUAUUGUUUUUGUUUUUUUGUACAUGCAAUAAAAACCAUGUUCACAGCA